UCGAGCGUGUGGUUGUUUGUUUAGGUUUUUCGCAGACAAAAUGGGGACUGUUCAUUCCUUUGUCUGUAUUUUGGGACUGUUGGUCCUGCUCGGGUACUCUUCAGCAUCCUCCGAUGUAUUUGACACCGUUUUGGGGAACACGGCCUCUUGUCACAAGUCGUGUGAAAUGACAUACAGUUUGCACACGUAUCCGCGGGAGGAGGAACUGUACGCCUGUCAGAGAGGCUGUCGUCUCUUCUCCAUCUGCCAGUUUGUUCGUGACAGCGAUGAUCUAAAUCAAACCAAAUCUGAAUGUGAAUCAACCUGUCGCGAAGCCUACAAACAGUCAGAUGAGCAGUACGCCUGUAACCUGGGCUGCCAGAAUCAGCUCCCGUUCGCUGAACAACGGCACGAACAGUUGGAGGCCAUGAUGCCAAGGAUUCACAUGCUGUACCCCUUGACUCUGGUCAGAGGGUUUUGGGAUGAUAUGAUGAGUCAGGCACACAGCUUCAUCACCUCCUCAUGGACUUUCUACCUCCAGGCCGAUGAUGGCAAAGUUGUCAUAUUCCAGACUGAACCUCAAGUCAAAAUUUUCUCCCAGUUUGAAUUGGAAAAAGACGAUAAAGAGGAGCCACAAAAGAGUUUCCCCGGGUUGAGCAGCCCAGUUUACAGAGAAUACCAUCGCACUUUAAUCCAGGAGAGAGACAGAGAUAUGACCGGAGACCGCAGCUAUGGUGAUGAAUAUAACCUCUUCAGCUGUCUCUCAAGGAACCCGUGGCUACCAGGCUGGAUCCUAACCACAACUCUGAUCCUGUCUGUGUUGGUCCUGAUCUGGAUCUGUUGUGCCACAGUGGCAACUGCUGUAGAUCAGUAUGUACCUGCAGAGAAAUUAAGCAUCUACGGUGACAGGGAGUACAUGAAGGAACACAAACUGACUCCAUAUCCAGCAUCCUCCCUGCUUAUCAUCACCUCCAAAGGACCAGAGGAAGAAGCCGGGCCACUCCCCUCCAAAGUGAACCUUGGCCAGUCCGACAUCUAGAAGCCAAAGCGGUAGCAGAGAAGGGACGUCGUCCUUUAUGAAUGAUGAGCUGAUUUUUAUCCUCCGGCACAAGACUUGUGCUUCUUGUGGUCUAAGCAGGAAUAACUACUUGCAGAACAUUUUGUAUUACUGAUAUAAUGUCUCGUUUCCCUUUUUGAAGCUUUUAAAAGUGGAGUGAUGAAAGGUUUUUUUUCUGUAUAUUGGUACAUUUGAGGCAUUAUAGUAUAGCGAUGGCUCAACAAGUCAAAUAGAUUUGGGGGAUUUUAUUCGCCAAUUUUGAUUUGUGCAUUAGCUAUCUGUUGGUGUGCUUAUUUUAUUGAAUAAUGUUUAAAAUUAACUAUUUGUGACUUGAAGUUUCACCCACCUCCAACUUUUGGUAAAAAUGGAUUGUGCUAAUAUUGCAGAUUCUCCCUGUCUGUUCUCAUGUUUCUACUGCAGUGAUUUUCAGAUUAUAUUCAAUUUUACAAUAAAACUCUAUGCUGUUGAUUUUAAUGAAUAGUGACAGUGCAUAGCUUUUACCUGCUUUUACUGUUGUCUGUUCUCCUAAUGAUGGAUCAGAAAUAAAUUAAAAUGAGUGAAAUUGA